CGCGAGUUUAAACCUAUGACACGCAGGAGGCUCACGAAGGCAUUCGGAACACGCCGCGGGUCUUUGCAACUUCGACUGUGGCCCCAGAAACCUGGUGGUUCAUGCCUGCCGCAGUCUCCAAAAGCCACAUUUUACGUCAGCAGCAUGUUCUUUUCGCUCUCGCAGAAGCUCUCCAAGGGCAACACAAUGGCCAUCACCAUUCCUACCAUUAUUGGCGUGGCAUACGGCACCUUUGCCUUCUUCCGCUACACUGGCCCGGAUCUCGGUGGCGCUGUGGCUGGCGAGCCCAAGACCACUUCCGCUGAGUGGCAGGCUGCCUCUGUGGAGUACGGUAAGGCCCAGAAGGCCAACCCAAUCCGCCACUUCAAGGACUAAGGACGGAUCAGCAGUCGAGCCGUGUGCGAGGGCUCGGCCCUCCUCCUCCUGAAAUUAUUGGCCGCGGCGGGGUGGAGCGAGUGGCUGACGACGGGGAGGCAGGCAGCCGACCUAAAGCAGAUGACCCUGUGCUCCUUUCGUCUUCCGCACGUCAACACUCAUGAAUAAAAAAGCACAAGGAAAAAAGCUCCCCGCGGAAGCAGCUCUCUCGGUAUUAUGAAUUGUUCCCGUUGAGGCUCUCACGUGCAGUUCGCCACGAUCAACCCUGCACACUUACAGUAGCAGAAGUGAUUCCACAGUAGAUCAAUCCGUUCUGUUCCAGAUUCUUCAUGCUGCCGGUACUCCUUGUUGCUGCUUGCAGGUGUAGGUGAGCACCUAAUCGUGUCAGACGACACUACUACUACAGAACUGUUUUGGUCGUCUCACGUACCAGCUCUGCAACCUGAGUCUUGCGCUUCGCCUCAGCGGCGUCCCAGCCGUCCAUAGCUCGCUGUCGUAGCCUUUUCUCCGCUUCAUCCUCGUCCUUAAGCUGCUGUUCGUCGUCAUCAUCCCGGAAUCCAUAGUAAUCUGGUUUGAUGUGCUUGUACAUAUGCUGGCGAGUGCGUUUUCGAGGCUCGACG